AUGGAUGAUGUUAGAAGGCCAGACUUCAUCGCCCUUGAGGACUGGAAGAAGAUGAGUGAGAAUCAGAGAGCUGUAUUUCCGCCGAGACCUAGUAUAGAUCCUCACCUGGAGCAACGUGUCCACGGAACAUGGAAUAGUGGUCCACAAGGUGAUCCAUACCCACCAAUGCAGCGUGAAGAAAUACCCGAAGGCACCGAGAUUGUGAAUUUGCGAAAGAACACAAAUAAAACAGGCAGGAAGAAACAGAAACAGAAACAGAAUAUGAACAAUCACCAAAGCACAUCUGUCCCACCUCCCAGACACCCAGCAUGCAUGACUGAAACCACUGAAUCCCAACCACGUGGGCACACAUAUCCUCCCCCAACUCGCCAUCAUCCGCACAUUCCAGAGCAUCCUCCAUCUCAGAUUCCGAGUGCACACCGGUCCAAAUCUUCUUUACACCCUCCUUCGGAUGCGUCCGAUUCCAGCUCUCUUGCUGCGAUUGCACAUUCGCUGGAGACCUUGCAUGCAAAGCAAGACAACAUUCAACAAAGGCUGAACAUGCCGGAGAGGAAUGGAGAAGGCGCACCCACUGGCCAGGACUCUGAAUGUCAGUGCGGCGCUAUGGCGACUCGUGGAAAAACAUCGGCAGCAAAGCGCAAGGUGCUGAGACAAGGCGGACGAGGCAGAAAGAAAGUAAUUCUUCGUGAUGAUGACCAGUUAGAUACUGCAGGAGAUGAUGAAAGUGACGAUGAUGAUGCAGAGGACCUGGUGAUCCCGAAGUUGAACCUGUCUAAGGCAGCCCAGAAAGCCAGGGCUGACCUUCAGGCUUGCAUAAUGGCAAAAUUCCGCUUCAUCUGUGGUGUUCCGGAAGGAGAAGAAUGGCCGAGCCCAAUGGACACAGGGCGUGUAAAUGUAAAGACAGACAAAGAAUAUUUUACCCCGAACUUCAAGAAAGAUGUGCGGCAUCCUGACAACCAAGACAUCUUUGAACGCAUAGCCGACCUGGUGCAGAAUGACAUCGAGACAUCUGACAAGUGUCUCGAGACUCUGAAGCAACGCCAACGUUACAGAUGGGAUCAAGAAACCCUUGUUGAGUUCACAAAAAGCAGCUUUCGUGGGUUCAAAGUUGCCUACAGUGCACAAGUGAACGACGAGAAGAAGAAAGCACAGGAUACAAAUCAACGUACAAACCAUCACAAGCGUCGCCGUGAAGCAAAGGUGAAGAAUCGGCUCACCACGGUGCAGCAGUAUGCCACAAAAUAUAAUGUGGACUCUACCGAUCUGCUUCACGAGAUGCACAUGUCCGAUGAGGCAUCAGGUCCGGAAGAGGGCUCCGGAUUGUCAGUGAUUGCAUGGAAGAGACAGAUGGCUAACCAUUGUCAGAUGGAUGGCAAUCACAUGAACGUCACGGAGCUUGAGAAACUGAAAUUCCGAGAACAUAUUCUCCCUAGCUGGAGGUCAGAUGAACUCUCAAACAUUUUCAAGGAGCUUGAUACGCUCGCUUGGCAGGCAAAAUCGGCAAAAGAGAAAGAACGAAUUGUCAGCAUCUCUGUGCGUGAUACAGGACGUUCGACGGACAUACCUCCCCUUGUUGCCCCCUUUGACUUCGGCAUCAACAAGACGUGGUGGGAGGUGAACAAAGACGAUGUGAGAUACAAAGAAGUUCUCACAGACUGGUAUAUGCAUGGUGAUUUGUUGGGCUUCGGGAGUGCCGUAGACAAUGAUGAAGAAGGCAGGACAGGUGGUGGCAGUGGUGACAGCGCAGGAGGUAGCGACGAUGAUGCAAAUCCCACAGUCUCUGGUGAAGAGAAUUCACAUGACGAUGACAUUGAGACAGAUACGUAG